UCUCUGCAAAAUAAAAUAUAACACCGUCUUCUCUUCUCGUCUGUUUCUCUACAAAAUGUACAUACAUCCACUCAUUUUUCAUAAUUUUCUUUUUUUUCCUUCUGGCGGACAGCCCACGGAUACACACACUACACACACUGAUGUAACGUAUAAAACCCUUCUCAUUUUUUGCUUUUUUUCUUUCUUUUAAAAAAAAAAAUCUGUCCUCCCCAAGUCUCCUAACUGAUCCCAAAGCAAUAUGAUGACAACAAGCAAAGGUGGAACAACCGCCCCUCCAGCAACAUCUCAGCCUAGCCAAGAUGAACAGCAACGACAACAAGAGUGCUGCAUGUGUGGCGAUUUUGGCCUAUCUUCUGAGCUUUUCAGAUGCAAAAUUUGCCAAUUCCGAUCUCAACAUAGAUAACGCUUGCAUCAAUCAUCCUCUGUCUCACCGCCAACUUUGCAGGUAUUGCAGCAAUACAUAUCCAAAAGCGGAGUCUUAUCGCGCUUGCAAUUGGUGCCUGAAUGAGAAGGAAAAUUCAUUCAACUCUUCUUCAUCGAAUAAAAAUGCUACUAGCACCGAAGACGACGUGAUGAAGGUCGCCAAGAAGAAGAGUGUUCAUGGGGGCAACGGCGGCGGUAACGGCAAUCUUCAAAGAAGUAAUAGUAGCAUCAAGAACGAAAAAGGGUCUCCGAAGUUGAGUGUCAUUAUUAAAAAUAACCGUUCCAUCAAGAAACAAAAGUCACCGGAGAGAUCAUCGCCGUUAUUAGCCGCCCGAAAGAGGAUUACCACGGGUAGUGCUGUCCAGGAGAGUUUGAGGAGGACAAAAUCGGACGUAUCAAAUAGCGGGAUGAGGAAACACGUUUUCAAGAAUAGAGUUAGAAGAUAUAAGCUGUUGGAUGAGGUUUCAAGCUAGGUAAGUCAUGAUCAAGUGUAUAGGAAUAUGAUACUACACCCUUCCCUCUUCAGUCUUCCCUUCCCUUUUUUUUCUUUACCUUCCCUUCUCAUCUCAUCUGGGCUGUAGCAGCUCAUCAAUAUUUGCCUUUUCUUUAUCUCCGGUGGUGUCAAUGACCCCACGAGGCUGUUGACGGAAGAAUAUACUACAAAGAAAUGGGGUUUAUUGUACAGACCACAGAGCGCUGGAUCUUGACAUAAGAGAUGACGAGAAUCCACAUAUAUAUGAAUGGAAGGUGAAUCUGAGUUUUGACAAUCUUCCAAACUGAAUAAAUGUUAUCGCGCAUAUUAAUUAUCCCAAAAAGUGGAAAAGAAAAAGACGAAAGUUGCAAUUUAAUUUGGCAGCACAAAAGUUGUUAUACAAAUUCGGCUUGUGAAAGAUCUUUUUAUUUUCUAGGAUCAUUCACAUGAAAUUAAGUUUCUUGAA